AUGGAGGAAUCAUUGAGCAACGUCACAGAAGCCGAUGGACCAGCACAGCGCGUCAAAGACGGACCGAGACUGCGCAGCGAAGAAUUGGUCUCAGAGUUGGCUUUGAGAGAGAAGAACGGAAAACCCAGCUUAGGCCGAAGUUUAGAACCCUGCGCUUUAACGCUUGGCUCGACGUCUUCUCAAUCAAUAAAGACGAUUGAAUGUCCAUCCCCUGACGAUUCAGAAGUUGAUUCAGCCGCAUCAGCGGACGGAUUUGUCGGGCAUUCAGCCGAUAACCCGCAAGAAUUACCGAUGGCUCCAAAUUCCGAAGAGGAUCUUUCCAGAUCGAGUCUUUCCACCUCGGAGUUUUCGCAGCCCUACAACAAAGUGCCUCAAGAUGAUUUGCUCUCAAGCGAUACGACCAUCGUUCAAGCUAUUCGAGAAGAUUUCCUGGCGUUGCCUUUGCGCGAUGAUGUCUAUAUUGGGCAGACUAUCGACACAUCGUCUGCCUCGACAAGGCCAUUUGGUUCCGCGAAACAACCUGCCACCAGCGAGCCAGAAUACGAGUCCGUCUGA